AUAAAAAUAAAAACAGUUGAUGAUAGGCAGGCAGAAGAACGUACCCAUUUGCUCUCGUUGGCCGUCGAAGCUUGAAUCCGUCACACCACACAGUAAUCUGAAAGUGUUCGGAUAGCUUCAAUCGUCGAGCAGCCGGAGUUGGAGAUCCUUCACGGCGUCACUAAAAGGUCGCCGGCGACAGUGACAGUCACGGGAACGGCGCCGAUUUCAGGUAAGGGUUUCGUUUGUUUUUUUCUCAGAGAGAGAGACAGAGAAGUUUGGGGAUUUCCUUAUGAAGAAACGCUUUUCCAAUUUUUAAAAAAAAAUCGCCACAAAGCCGUUUGGAAACUCAUCCUAGUUGCCGUGUCCGUGUAACGAAGACAACGUUGUUAAAUAAAUAAACUGAUUUAUUAUCAUGCAAUGGCAUACAAGAUCGACAGUCAAAUACAUAGCCGAUCAGUUGAAAAGAUGUGCGAGCUUGAAGGAGGUGGAAUCAUGGUAUGGCUUGUUGUUCAAGACCAACACUACUCAAGAUUGCUUCUUGAUGAAUCAAUACAUCACUGCUUGCUCCAACGUUCACAGUUUAGAUUCUGCAAUUUUUGCUUUUUCCCAGGUACAUAAUCCCAAUGUCUUCGUCUACAACGCAAUCAUCGGAGCCUUUUUGAACUUAUUUCGACCACUCGAGGGGUUGCGGUAUUAUGUGGAUAUGUUGAGGAAUGGGUUAACUCCAACUAGUUAUACAUUUUCGGCAUUAAUUAAGAGCUGCAGAGUUUUAUCUGUUGUGGGAUUUGGUGAAACUGUUCAUGGCCAGGUUUUGAAAAAUGGUUUGGCGCUUCAUGUUCACGUCCAAACCUCACUUGUUGAUUUUUACUCGAGUUUGGGAAAGGUAAUUCAGUCGAGGAAGAUGUUCGAUGAAAUGACUGAAAGGGAUGGUUUUGCUUGGUCCAGUAUGAUUUCAGCAUAUGCCCGUGCUGGGGACUUGGAUUCUGCGAGGAGUGUGUUCGAUGAAAUGCCGGAAAAGAAUAAUGCCUCGUGGAAUACCAUAAUUCAUGGAUAUGUGGAAGCAGGGAAUGUGGAAUCUGCAGAUGAGUUGUUCCAAAUAAUGCCUAAAAGAGACGUGAUUUCUUGGACGACCAUGAUUAAUUGCUACUCCAAACACAAACUAUAUAGGGAGGCUCUAGAACUUUUUGAUGAAAUGAAGCGUACUGGAACUAGACCCGAUGGCGUAACAAUGGCAACGGUAAUAUCUGCCUGUGCACAUCUUGGUGUACUGGAACAAGGGAAGGAGAUGCAUCUCUAUGUUAUGCAAAACAGGUUCAAAAUUGACGUUCACAUAGGAUCUGCUUUGAUUGAUAUGUAUGCCAAGUGUGGGGUGCUGGAAAGAGCACUUGUGGUGUUCUACAAACUAGAGGAUAAAAAUCUCUUCUGUUGGAGUUCUGUGAUUGAUGGCCUUGCAGUUCAUGGAUACGCUGAGGAAGCUUUAGCAAUGUUUGACAAAAUGGACAAGGAAAAGAUCGAGCCAAAUCGCGUUAUCUUUGUCAGUGUUCUUGCAGCUUGCACUCACGCGGGAUUGGUCGAAGAAGGCAACCGAAGAUUUCUCGAAAUGACUAGUAAGUACUCCAUCCUUCCCGAAAUCGAACACUACGGAUGCAUGGUUGACCUUUUAUGCAGAGUUGGUUUAAUAGAAGAAGCACUAGUCUUGAUAAGAAGCAUGAGACUGCAGCCCAAUUCUGUGAUAUGGGGUGCUUUAUUAGGUGGUUGUAAGCUUCACAAGAACUUAGAUAUUGCUCGAGUUGCUGUGGACAGAUUAAUGAUAUUGGAGACAGAUAGUAGUGGUUAUUUCACCCUUUUGAUUAACAUGUAUGCUGAAGCGAAUAGAUGGGCUGACGUUGCGAGAAUUAGGGCAAUGAUGAAGGAGCGUGGGGUGGAGAAGAUAUUGCCUGGAUCGAGUUGGAUUGAAGUGGAAAAGAAGAUGCAUCAGUUUGCGGCUUGUGAUAAUUAUCAUCCAGCAUCACAAGAGAUUUAUUUAGUGUUGGAUGUGUUGGAUUCUCAGCUUAAGCUAAUUGGCUAUGCACCUGAUUUUGAUUUUGUCAUGUAAUGAAAAUUGUGGUAGCUUAGAACAACCUAAGAUCCCAUGUAUUCUGAGUUGGCUUGUAUAAUUGGUGAUGUGCAAAUGCAUACUUGUUUCAUAGUUGGAACAUCAUUAUAGCUUGGUGAUGACAUCUUCUCCAAACUGACUUUUCUUCCGUCGCAGGUACGAUUGUAGUGACAUGUAAUAAGGGUUUUCUAGAUGCUGCACCGGAUGCACUACACCUGGUAUUAUUUAUAUCAACCCUUGGAUCACACACACACACACACACACACACACACACACACACACAUGUGGAGGUGUGUGUAUGAUGGAUGGAUGUCCGCAUUGUUUGUGAUGCUUAUCACAAAGGUGAUUUAGGAGAAGAAAAAUAAGAGGCAUGAUUAUUAGUAAUUGAAAGAGUGGGAAGUGGAGGUGUAAUGAAAGACAGGAAAGAAACAUUGCCCCCACAAUUAUGUACAUUUCAGCAUGCCUCUGUCUCUCACUUUUCAAACUCUAUCAUCUUCUCUUUUAUCCUUUUCUCUUGUUACCACUGUAUUAAUUCUUGAAGAUCCUUAAUGGACAAAAUUAAGUUGAUUGGGAGUGAAAUAAAUAAAAUCCUUGGACCACUCUCCAUUUAUUAAAGCAAUUGCAAAAUUUGUUUUUGGCAUUACAGAAGAUAGAAACAAUAUUAUUAUAUAUUAUGAUGGUCCGGGCAAGAAAUACAGACUUACAUUUGAAAAGGUUGGCAGGAAAGAGUAUAGUAAUACUAGGAUUAAGGCAGUUACUGUUAAAUCAUAAAAUGUUUGUCGGGAUCCGAGGUGGGUAUUUUCACAGCAAUUAAAAGAAAGGUAACAACAUGGAGUACUCUCUCUCUCUCUCUCUCUCUCUCUCUCUCUCUCUCUCUCUCUCUCUCUCUCAAAUUGGUGUACCAUCUCUCUAUACAUAUUACAUAUACAUACAUGAUAGGCAACUAGAAUUUCCAGCUAAGCAUUCUCUUCUCUUGUUUCUAAUUGUUGUGCCUUUUCAUGGAGGUUAAUUCAUCGUCCCUCAAAUAGGGAUGUGCAUUAUUUUCAUAUUUUCUGACUCGGAUCUAUUCUUGAAAUAACCACUCUUGUCAUCUCUUUUUCUUUCAUCACUAAUUAUAAUCUAGGCAGACAGGCCUGUAAGAAUUUCUGCAUAUCUUUACUACAUGUCUGGUUUUUCUUUCCUCAUUGGUUGGACUCUGCUGCAUAAGAUAAGCUUCAACAAUUAGAAUUGCUUUUGUUGUUGUUUUCUGCAAGAAUAGUGUUUCCUAGAGAGUUGAUAAGAAAUUCUUCGGGAGGAAAUAUUUCUUGUCGUCAUCAUCAAUUAGCACAAUCUGGUUGUUUGAAUUAAUAAAGAAAAUCAAAGAAAGAAACACUUGUUUUGUAUAGAACAAAAGACAGAUAUGGAGGAGUUGUAAGUCAGUGGCAGGGGAAAUGAAGUGUUGAUGAAAGAGGAGGGGAGUUUGAUGAGGGUUUUGUUUUGCAAGAUCCACUCUUCUUUCGUCUGCUUCUGCAAACCUGGUAACGCACAUCUCUACAGUUCAUCAUUGAAAUUGGAAAAUGCUCCAAACAAAGAAGUUGUUCAUUCAACAUUUGUUGGUGUGUCGUUAUUAUCUUCUGAGAAUGGAGUACUAGUCAAGAGCUGCAUGAAGAAGAAGAAGAUCCCUUAUGAUGGCAUUGACAACAAAGAAAUAGGAAAGAAGAGAGUGCAAUGGAUGGAUAAAUUAGGCAAACAACUUGCUGAGAUCAGGGAGUUUGAAGCCAGUGAAACAGGUGGAGACAAGGAGAGUGAAGAGGAAAUCAGCCGCUGUAUUUGCAUUAUUCUCUGACUCCACGGAGCAACAUUUCCUAUCCAAAUUACAACUUUGCAAUUCUUUCUAAGCUUUUCACACUACCAAAUACAUCAUCAUUCAAUCUGCUGUAAGGAAACUUAUGUAAUCAGUUUUCUUAUCUUUGACAAGGCAAAAAAGUAUUGGACAUGAGUUUGAAAGAAAAGGUAAUUGAGUAGAUAGGUGCCCACAAUCUCACCAUUCAUUUAAUUUCCCACUAUAUAUGAAUGAUAAUGCUGUUUAUCUAGAUACAUAUAUUAUCAACACAAGAUUUCAGGUUUGACCAAGACCAUCUUAAUUCAUUCAUUCUUGGCACUA